CGACAGUGUAUCGGUAAUUUACGCUUUGAAGUUGAUCUGUACGGAGUGCGUUUCUGAAACCGUGCACUCAAUGACACCAGUCCUUUACCCAAUCGAAUGGAGUGCAGCCAACCACAGGUGAUUUGGGCUCCAUUGCUGGCACAGUAGUGUUACUGUGCAUUUACUCCGUCUGGAUGCCUUCAUUCCCCAGCAGAAACCUAAACGCGGGGAACUGGGCGGCGCCUGAUUGUUUACUGUGUCUUUCUUCCCUCUACAGCGCCGAAUUGAGAUCUAGAGCCGAUCCACCAAGUGAGAUUGCCGACUCGUCGACUUCCACUGAAGCUCCUUCCGAGCUGUCCACAUCCUCUCUCCCCCGCCUCUUCCGAAGCUCUCUUUCAUCCCGUCUCCGGGCUAUGCCUCGACUACUUUCACCAAUGCUCUGCCCUUCAACACAAGUCCUCUACGAUGGCCACCAUCGAGCCAUGGCUCACGAACCUCCUCAACAAGCCGAAAACAUCUGAGCUUCCGCCGUUGCAGCUCAUGCCCUUGGGCGCUGCUCCGGGCCAGUCGCUUUCUCUUCCCCCGCUGGGACCCGAACUCGCUGGCGAGCACCGAGCCGACAGGUGCGCACCGACUCAAGCCAUCUCGCUCUGCGCUGCCGACGACGGCCGCAUUGGAAAGCCGCCUGCGCAAGUAGACGAUAACGGCGUCCUGCACACUGUGUCUAUCCGACCGCUUCAGCUGCUACUCCGCGAGCCCGAGCCGGCACCCCAGGGGAUUCCGCUGCGGAAGAUUGUGCACGAUGUGCCCAAGAGCCCCGAAGGCGCGUCGACAAAGAAGCGCCAUAGGGCACUCACUGCCAAGGAGGAUCUCGUGCAGCUGCCAAAGCUGCCCAAGAAGCAAAAGUCGACCCAGCAGGUAGUUCCUCCGAUCAUCGCUGGCCUCCACGAACCCCCGCCCGACCCUGCAGUGUUCCCUCCCAUCACGUCGGCAUCGUUUGAUGACAGCGAGACUUUUGGCCUGGGGUCGUGGAAGGACUUGGGCAGCAGUCUGGAAGACCGAUCGGCACCCUCUUCCGCCGUCGAUGCUGAGCCGGCCAAUCCUCCUCCAAAGCCGAAGAGACGCCCGAUGAAGCCAAGAAGAAAGUGGACGGAGGAGGAGACCAAAAAUCUCUUACUGGGAGUGAGUCGUCACGGCGUAGGGAGGUGGACAAGCAUCUUGGAGGACCCGGAUUUCCAGUUCAACGGCCGGACAGCGGGGGACUUGAAGGACCGUUUCAGGACAUGCUGCCCUGAGGAGCUUCGGAUGACCGCGGUCGACGAGCUGACGGGUCACGGUGAGGCGGCUGCGUCAGCGGCUCUGGAAGGAACCACGAGGCCCAAGAAUGGAUUACACUUGGAGGAUAUCUUGAUUCCAGUCGGGGACGGCGUGACCGACCACGAUGGCGCCUCGCCGCCCGCGCAGCACGACACCGAUGCGGCGCCCAAGCGCAGGAGAACCCGGGCGCACCGCAAGAAAUUGGAGGAUCUUGCCGAGCUGGGUAUCCACGGUCCGUUUGAACAGUCAAACCGGCGGAAGCGCCGGCCGUUCACCAAGCAGGACGACGAGGCCAUUCUAGAUGGCCUCAAGCAGUAUGGACCGUCUUGGACCAGGAUCCAGCGGGAUCCCAGAUACGGCUUGUCGAGCCGACAGCCCACCGAUCUGCGCGACCGGGUCAGGAACAAGUACCCCGAAAUCUACGCAAACAUCGAAAAGGCCAACCUCCUCAAGGAGGCCGCCCGGGAGGCCGCGCGCGGCAAGGCCAGUACGCUCGAGCCGUCUGUCAAGCUGAGCACGGAAAAUCUACGUGGCUCUGUCGUCCUCCCCUCCUUGGAGCCGCAGCUCAGCCGAUCGGGGUCGAGGGAAGAUAUGUUGAGACGCACAGCAACGCCCUCGGCCUACGAGUCGACCGAGUCUCUGCCUGCCCUCGCCGAUAUUUUCGACAUGACUGACUCCCACGGGAUGUCGUUGCUGGGAGCCCCCCCGGAGAUGGAUCUAAGCCAUCUCAUCCUGGACGAUUCGCACAUCGGCGGUGAGCGUCGUCUUGGCCAGGGCCGAUAGGACUCCCAGAUCACAGUCUCUGUGGAUACGGGUCUCGGCUGGCCAUCUGAGGCCCAAGCCCAUCCAUCACAAGUGCCAAAACACUCACAUUCAACGUUCACGCUUGGUUUGUUCGCCAGUCGGUUGACUAUCUGAUACGUUCUCCUAGGA